AUGUCCUUCGGGUUGGCGAAUGCACCUGCCAUAUCUAUGGACUUGAUGAAUAGCCUAUUCCGGCCAUAUUUAGAUCUGUUCGUAAUAGUCUUUAUUGAUGAUAUUCUGGUUUAUUCACGUUCAGAGGAUGAGCAUGUGGACCACAUGCGAGCGAAAGUGACUAAGUUUCAGUGGAAAGAGGCCUGUGAGCGGAGUUUGCAAGAGCUUAAGAACAGGUGGACCUCAGCACCAGUUCUAGCACUUCCAGAGGGUCCAAAUGGUUAUGCCAUGUAUUUAGGAUGUGUCCUGAUGCAACAUCGGAGAGUAAUUGCGUAUGCUUCAAGGCAGUUAAGAAAGCAUGAGCAGAACUAUCCGACCCACGACCUCGAAUUAGCUGCGAGGCAAUGGCUUGAGUUAUUGAAAGAUUAUGAUGUUAACAUUCUCUACCAUCCAGGGAAAGCUAAUGCUGUAGCAGAUUCCUUAACUCGCCGAUCUAUGGACUCUGGCAAUGGAGGAGUUGUACUCCAAAAUACCGCAAAAUUAUUUCUCAUAACUGAAGUAAAGGAGAGGCAGUACGAGGACCCGGAGUUGGUCAAGUUGAGAAAGCGGGUUCCACAGCAGAGGAAACCAUUGUUAGAACUCAAAGGAGAUGGGGUUCUCAGAUACAAGGGUCAUUUGUGUGUUCCAGAUGUAGCAGGGCUACGAGACAAGAUUAUGUCAGAGGCACAUUAUUCGCGGUACUCCAUUUACCCUGGGUCGAUGAAGAUGUAUCAUGACAUUAAGGAGGUGUAUUGGUGGAACGAUGAAGAAGAACAUUGCUGA